UCUUCGGCGGACUCAAGCGCAGCGUCCGGUCCAUGAGGUCGAAACGCGGACGGAGUGAAGGCGUUGUGCGAGACGUAUCAGGUGUUAGAGGAUGGACCCGAGCCGAUGAGGAGCGGAGCGCUGAGCCCAGCUCUUCUCUGCUCUCGCUGAGAGCACUGACACCAUCCUGCUUCUUCAAGGAAAGAGAGGAAAGCAUGGCGAGCUUUGUCUGACACGUCCAGCUGAUUUCCACGAAGCCAUCCUGUGUUCAUUCUCCUUAGGAAUUAACACACAGAAAAGAGUUAUCAUAAGGAAACUCAUGGAAGGCCGAAGGGAAAAGCAGCUGUUCUGAGGUGUCUGUCAUUGUAGCACUCCCACUGUUUAAAGAGAUGAAGCACUGUGCCCUGUGACACUCAUCUUUGCUGUUCCCACCACUGGAGGAUGGCUGCCAGACUCUGUGAAAAUGGUUCUGGUCAGCACCACUCCACCCACAUCAGCCAACCUCUUGAAACCAGCUGCGUGUUGCUCCUGAUCAUGCUCGGAAAAGUCUCCCUCGAUUUCUUCAUGUUGCACGUGAAGCCAAAAAACGUCAAAGCCAGUUUUAUGGGCUACUUUUGCGUCUCGGUGGCACUGCUCGAUCUGGCGCUGCUGCUGAUCUUGUGUUUCAUUUUCUGUUUGGAGGACUUUGCGCUCUGGGGGCUGCGCUUCACCCGCUACCACAUCUGCCUCUUCACCCAGGUCACCUCCCUCACCUGCGGCAUUCUGCACUACCCCGUGUGCCUCGUGGCUGCCCUGGACCAUUACACCAGCAUCUCCCACACGUCCCAGUUCCCCAAAAGAGGCCAGAAAUUACUGUACGUGUUUGCUGUGAUGGUUAUAUGGAUUUCAGGGUUUUUUUGUAUUCUCAGAGUUCCCGCUGUCUAUGAAGAGUUGGAAAUUGAGAAGAGUGUCUCUCCUUACCAGUGCCCUGUCUCUGGCAGCCUGCAGAGCUACUCCAUCUCGUGUGCCAUGGUGCUGCUCCUGGGCACUGCUCUCCUGGCUCGCUGGAGGGAGGUGGUGACCACCCUGCUGUCUGCCAGGCUCGUCUCCUUCUCCAGUCAGCCUGCUCUGAUCUUCCCCUACACGUCCAACACCACCACCUGCUUCAAGCGGCAGCUCCUGACCAGGCUCCUCGUCUGCUUUCUUGGCACUUGGGCACCUUUAGUGGUUCUGCAGGUCCUGGUCGUGUUCCUGGGGGCGCGGAUCCCGGCCUACGUGGACAUGAACGUGCCCUGGCUGUACUUCAUCAACAGCUUCCUCCUGGCAGCCGUGUGCUGGUGCCGGUGCCACGAGGUCGAGCUGGCAGAGGGGACGUGGAGCUCUGACCCGUUUGUCAGCUGGAAAUUCUGCUUUGUGCCGUUCGACAAUGAAAGCACGGAGGCAGCUGAUGAGGCGGGGGUGGUCAUUGUCUGUUAACGAGCUGCGGGCUGGAAAGGCUGCAGGAGGUGCGGGCUCUCAGGUUCUGCGGCUGGGUCCUUACAGACAACGCCAGGAAACAGCUCCAGAGCUGCACUCCGUGGAAACCAGUCCAGUACUGCAGUGGGUGAUGCACUGAAGUGCAGGACACCGGUCCCAGUGCACAGCAAGCACUGCCAGUUCAGGGCAUUCAUCUUCAAAUACGUUUCAGACACCACUGCUUUCAUCAGCCGAGUUCUCUGUUAAACCUCUGUUUGUGACAGUUUUACAUUUCCUUUACAUGGGAUGAUCUCAGGUUUUCCAGUACAAAAUGCAAUAAAGUCUUCAAGGCUGGAGCUACAUUCAGGUGCUGACCUAAAGUUCAAACAACUUCCGUGAUUUUUUUUGAAGUGCAUUUUCUUGUUAACGUCUGGCUUUUUGUCAGCUUGAUUGAAGUUAAGGGUUGUUGUCUGUUUAACCAGAAACAAUUUUUUUUAGUUAAUGUAAAGCUACAGCUCCUACAGAAAUAGGAACUUUACAUGGUACGAAACCAGUGCAAGAUGUGCAACUUCCACAGCCACGGGAGAGGUGCUGAAGCUUCGCUGUUUCUUUGCUGCUGCUCCUGUAAUGUAUAAGUACAUAUUAAAAAUUAAAUUAUUACAGUCAGAGCUCUAAGCAACAAGGUUAAUUGCUAUAUAUAAAUACAUGCCCAAGGCUAAAGAAUGGCUUAAAUUAAAAUACAGUUUAUUUUGAAGUCCAAAUUACUUUAAAAUAGUUAAAUAUGAAGGGUGACUAUGGCAGGGAAAGAAUUAA